CUCUCUAUUUUACCCUUCCUUUUCUAAAUACAAUUAGGAACUGAAAUUUAUUUUACCUUCAAUUUUUGUUGUUAAUUUUUUACUAGAGAAUAUCUGUAUAUCCAUACGGUUUCUUUUGAAUCCAAAAGAAAAUGUCUCGUGUGUACGUGGGUAACCUUGACCCACGAGUUUCGGAGCGGGAUCUUGAAGAUGAGUUUCGUGUCUUUGGAGUUAUUCGAAGUGUAUGGGUUGCUCGAAGGCCGCCAGGUUAUGCUUUCAUUGACUUUGAUGAUCACAGAGAUGCUGAAGAUGCAAUUCGUGAAUUAGAUGGCAAGAAUGGCUGGAGAGUUGAGCUUUCACAUAACUCUAGAGGCAGAGGUGGACGUGGAGGUGGAGGUGGAGGUGGAGGUGGUCGGGGACGUUCUGGCGGUUCUGAUUUGAAGUGCUAUGAGUGUGGCGAGCCUGGUCAUUUUGCUCGAGAAUGUCGCAUGCGUGGUGGUUCAGGAAGACGUCGCAGCCGCAGCCCUAGAUACCGUAGGAGCCCAAGCUAUGGACGCAGAAGUUACAGUCCUCGUGGACGAUCUCCAAGGCGUCGCAGUCUAUCUCCUCGUGGGCGUAGCUACAGCAAGUCUCCACCAUACCGUGGUCGUGAGGAAUUGCCAUAUGCUAAUGGAAAUGGUGCAAGGGAACGCCGACAGAGCAGGAGCUAAUUUCCACAAGUAUGUAACUUCUAUGUGAGGAGACUGGGAUUUAGUGUGUUUAGUUUGUUUGGACUUCGGUGCUACUAUUUUAAAUUGGGCUAUGCCCUCAGCCUCUCGGAUUUGGAUAAGUUCCUUUCUGUUUUUCUUUAUUUCUAUGAUGGUUUUCUUUGCUUAAUCUAUGCUAAAUAGCCCCUUUUUCUGCGUAGGGAAAGAGAAGCUUAAGAUGACCUCUAUAAAUUUAUUAAGAAAUUAUUCUAUGAACUCUGCUAAAAAAUUCAUACUUUUCU